AACACUAUAUUUUUACAAAAAUAAUCAAAAAAAUUAAUUAAAUAAAAUGUUUUAGCAACUCUAGCUGCUAAUUCAAAAAUAAAAAAACAUAUUGACAAACUUGUGUGCCUGUAUUAUUAAAAACAAAAAAUCCUUAAAAAAUAAUUGUGUAAAAUUCGAGCAAAAAGAUAAAUAAAUUGCAAUAGCCUAAAAUACCGAUCGACUGUCCUGCACCUAAAGAAAAAAACAAGAAACUGCUAAUUAAUUAAACACAAUAUAACACAACUUUAAACAAUAUGGAAUAUUCGGAAUAUAACGAUAUGGUCCAAUUUAGUGGCCAUGAUAAAACGACACAAUGUGUCGUCUAUGACCAAACACCAGAUUCAGAGCAAAAGAAAAUAAAUAUUGUAGUUCGUCCCGCCUAUACAGUGGGCAAAGUAAUAAGUGACAUUAAAACACAAUAUCACUAUGAUAAAUUUGAACUACUAAUGCAACCCAUAUCUGGUGGCGACCUGGUGUAUUUGAAUGAUCAUCAAAAUCAGCUGCUCUAUAAGGUUAAUGGCUUUGAGCCACAGACAAAAAAUGUUUUAGUUAUAUUACCAUUUGGUAAAUGGGAUGGUAAUACCAAGAAACGUUAUGAAUUUCCCGCAAAAUCAUCACUAAAACUUAUAAUGAAUGGUACUAGUAGUAGUAAUAGUAGUAGCAGCACUGCUAAAAAUGUUAACACCACAGCCACUACAGUAAUAGCAACACCACCUCCGCCGCCACCACUACCACCAGUUAAUUUUCUUAGCAAUAAUAAGAAAACGACAACAACAACCAUUACUACCACAACAGCAGGAUCUUUGGGUAAUAAUAACAUUGCCACUUGUGUUAAAGCCAUGAAUGGCAGACCCUUAACCAACAGUCAAUACCAUCAAAGUCAAAAUCUAACCAACAGCAAUAGUUAUCACGGGCCUUUAAAUGAGGAAGCACUCGGCAGUACAAACACUUUAUCGCCUCCCUCCUCAAUGACUACGGUUACAAAUGCCACUAAUACGGAUUCUUUAAAUUUGAGUCCCAUGUCAGAUCCUGAUCCUUUGUCAGAUGAUGAUUUAGCCUUGGGUGCCUCCGCUAGUCCAACUGAAACGGAACCCAUGCAAUGUGGCGGUCCUCUAUCGCUAACACAUAACUCUUCGUCUAAAAUAGCUUUGCAUUUCGCAUCGGACACAAACUCUGGAUUUCACGACAAAUCUGAUGGGGAUAUAGAUGGCCCUAAAAAGUAUCCACUGUCUCCUCUGCCGGCGCCCACUGCUGCCAUAAUGGCAGCACCCACUAACAAUGGUUAUGUGGGUCUUGUAAACCAAGCCAUGACCUGCUAUUUAAAUAGUCUUUUACAAGCUCUCUACAUGACACCCGAGUUUCGCAAUGCUUUAUACCGCUGGGAGUUCGAUAAUGACAACGAAGCUAAAAAUAUUCCCUAUCAAUUGCAAAAACUGUUCCUGAACUUACAAACCUCCAAAAAAUCAGCAGUAGAAACAACCGAUUUAACACGCAGUUUUGGUUGGAAUUCUUCAGAAGCCUGGCAGCAGCAUGAUAUUCAGGAAUUAUGUCGUGUUAUGUUCGACGCCCUGGAACACAAAUUUAAAAACACCAAACAGGCUAAUCUCAUCUCUAAUCUGUACGAGGGAAAAAUGAUAGAUUAUGUCAAGUGUUUAGAGUGCAAUACGGAAAAAACACGUGCCGAUACGUUUUUAGAUAUACCUUUGCCGGUGCGUCCUUUUGGCAGUCAGGCUGCCUAUGGCAGUAUUGAAGAAGCUCUCAGGGCAUUUGUACAGCCAGAGACAUUGGAUGGUAAUAAUCAAUACUUUUGCGAAAAGUGUAAUAAGAAAUGUGAUGCCCACAAGGGUCUUAAAUUCAAGAACUUUCCUUAUGUUUUGACACUACAUCUUAAGAGAUUCGAUUUUGAUUACACCACCAUGCAUCGCAUUAAAUUAAAUGACAAAGUAACUUUUCCACAAACGCUCAAUUUAAAUACAUUUGUUAAAAAAUCAGAGUCAACGACAGCCAAUGGCAAUAGUGUAGCACCAACAGAUGACUGCAGCACUACGGACAGUGGUUCGGCCAUGGAGGAAGACAACUGGAGUAGUGGUGUGGGCACUACAGCCAGUUCAACAACACAAAAUGACACCGAUGUCAAUGACGAGGAGCAGGAUGAAGGCAUUGACUUGAGUUCCAGUACAGAUCAUCGUAAUCGUGUUAAUAGUGAACAGAACUUAAAACAAGACUUGGGACCCUAUACCUAUGAACUAUUUGCCAUUAUGAUACACUCGGGCAGUGCCUCGGGUGGUCAUUAUUAUGCGUACAUCAAGGAAUUCGAUAACAACGAAUGGUAUUGUUUCAACGAUCAAACUGUAACGCCUAUAACACAAGAAGAUAUUCAAAAGUCUUUCGGUGGUGGUUCCAGUAAAACUUACUACUCCAGCGUCUAUAGUUCGAGCACAAAUGCCUAUAUGUUAAUGUAUCGGCAAAUAGAUACGAAGAGAAAUGAGAAAUGUGUAAAGGCAGACGAUUUUCCGGAACAUAUUAAAACUCUGACAGAGAAACUAAAAGAAGAGGAAGAAACACGUGUCAGUCGCGGUAGUGUACGUCAUCGUCCUAUAACGGAUCUCGCUUUACCGGAGCAGAUUAAACCACGAGUCUAUUUUUACAACCCCAAGAUGAAAAAAUUGAUAAUGACACGAGUUUACGUUUCGCAAAAGUUCGAUAUCAAUGUAGUACUAGAAUCAGCCUAUCAAAUGUUAUCCGUGGAACAAUUUGCUCCAUUAUCACACUGCCGUCUCGUGGGCUAUGAUCCCCCGGCCGAGCGUAUCAUACGUUCAUUUGAAGGCUUAAAAGAUCCUACUUUAGAAGAAAUACAAGGCAAUAGUGAGGAUCCUGUAGAAUUUUUAUUGGAAUAUAGAGCAGAUGGUCAGGAGUUCGAGGUUUAUGAACCAGGUGGCUCCACUUGGUAUGUGUACAUGGUUAACUUGUCAACAAUGGAGAUGGACGGACCAUUUUUCGUGCAUUCCAAAACCUUUGAAAACAAUGACACUCUACGCCACUCAAUUGCUGUGCGCUUACACGUCAAGGAGGACCAAUUGUUGGUGGCAACUUUACGUAAUGGAAAUGCAUUUGUGGCCUAUGAUCCCAUGCCCACUAAAGAAGCUCAACAACAAUUACAAGAAAUGGCAAGAUCACGUUUUAAAGAUCUCACCUACUUGUACUUAUUUGUCCCCAAUACAGAUCCCACUAAUCUAGAGAUCAUAGGAAUACCAGCUAAUGAAACACACGAACCAAUAAUCCCCGCUGUACAGGAACCCACAGUAGGCAGCAGUACGUCUGUAGCACAUAAUGGUUUAACAAAUGGACUCAAUGAAUCUAAUGCUGCCACCUUAACAGUUGCUCACGAGUCAAACUCUGAAGACAGCAGUUUGAGUGAUGGCGAUCGCACUUUGGUUGAGAAUAUACAACAUCGUGGUGAUGGCGACAGUCAAAUCUCUAGCACUAGUCAUUCUCCUCAACUGUCAAGUCCUGAGGAAGAGAAUCGCCAGGAUUCCAUUAAUCGCAUUAACGCUUUCUAUAACGGUUAUUCGCAUGGAGAACCUGAUUUAUCCCCCAUCGUACCACAGGCACCACAAUUUUUCCAUGCUAUUAAACUAGAAAGUGUGGACACAAAAGCAACCAUCUCUAGCCGACAUCACUAUAUGGAUCCCGAUAGUUCGGAGGAAGCGGCGCGCAAACCCGUAGUUAGCUAUAAAAUCCUAGUAGACUCACACAUGAAGUUGAGCACUUUUAAAAGUCAUGUUCAACGUUUAAUACAAGUGCCCGACAAUUACUUCCAGCUAAAUCGCAAACAUGACAAGUGCCUGAAAAACAUGAUGUCCGAGACUCUGGUCUACUUUAGCGAGGGAGAGUCUCUGUUUGUUGAGCUGGGCAAAGAACUGCAGCCCGAGGAACACAAGGCCAAAAUAUUCUUUAUGCGUUUGUCCGAGUUGAACAACGAGUCCGGAAGAUUGCCUUGCGUGUGUGAAUGGAUCUACACGGAUUCCAUGACAGUGGCAACAGCCAAAGCAAAUUUGGUUGCCAAACUGCAACGUAUUGAUCUCGCCAAAUACAAGAGCUUAAAUGUUCAAAAUUGUCGUCUGUGGCUUAAGGGCGGUCGUAGUCCCAUUAAAAUAUUCACAGAUGACGAAACGCUUGGUUCUGAUAUUCGUUCGUCGGCAGCAAUGGAGUUUAUUGUACAAGAGUGUGAAGAUGGUGCCAUUGCCAGUCCCGAUGAGAAUAGUUUAACAAUAUUUGUGCGCCGCUGGCAUCCUGAUUCUUUACAAUUAGAUAAGUUUCAGGAAAUCACAUUACACAAAAACAGUGAAAUGCGUAAUGCAAUAUCCCAAAUAUCGGGCAUACCUGAGGACAAUGUAGCCUACACAAAGGUUAAUGGAUAUUUUCCCUACACUAAUGUUUCAUUGCUGACCAUUAACAGUGCAAUGACUUGGUUUACUGUACCCUCCACAAUGGACAAAUAUCCACUUAGUAGUGCGGUCAGUGGUAAUCUGUUCUUUUACAAGGAUGACACAGCGGAAUUAAAAGAACUGACCACCGAGGAAAGACGUGAAAUGAGCAACAAAGAGAAAACUCGUUUAGACCGUUUGGGUUGCACAUCCUCAUCACGAUUUUCACCGCGACGCGAGCGUGCUCUUAAGAUUUACGUAGAUAGUCCUGCCACAACAGCGUCUCCUCCAGUGGAUGCCAACAGUUCUAUGGCGGAUGAUUAAUUAAAUAUGACAACUCAUGUUUAUAUCGUGUUGUUGUAUAUCAAGCAUUAAAUCAAAACAAAAUACAAGACGCUGAAAUUUAACAAGCAGUUAUAAAGAGAAGAACAAACAAAAUCAAAGUGUUACUUUACUAUCAAUCACAUACAAUACGUUACGUUAUUACUUUAUACAUACAACAAUAUGAAAAUAUUUCUUUCUUUUGUUUUUUUGUUCUUUUUCCCAAAUCUCUUCUCUUUUUCUUUUCAAAAGAGCAAUUGAAAUUUUUAUUAAUUUACAACUAACUUAACAACACUAUUAAAACAAAAAUUAUCCAAAUCUAACAGAUAGUAGAAAACAAUUUUAAUUUUUACUAACAAAAACGCCCGAUCACUCGCCAAAUAUAAAAUAUUUGCAUUAGCUUGACCAAAUGAAUAAUAGAAAUAAAUAACAUGCGUUGGCGAUUGAAACAAUAAAUAAAUAAAUAUAAAAAUUUCUCCUCUUGGUGCGAAGCUAACCUUUUUACACAAACACUUCUACACUCAUCAUACUAAUACAAAACACGCUAAAAUAACACAUCUACACAGAGACACUUAGUUUUCUAUACCUUAAAUGAGACUGCUUCUUAAAAAAUAAGUAAAACUAAAAAAAACUGUAAUAAAACGUGAAAAAAUAUAAAAAA